CUUCCAGAAGCCAAAGCUGCCAUUGAUAUGGCAGAAGAUGGCCUGUCCAUAAUUGGAGCCUUUAGAUCCAUUAGUACUCUUAAGCAGCGGGACAUGCUGGUACAGUCAGCUGUGGAGUAUUAUGUUGAUGGGAGAUGCAAUGUUGCACUGCAACAGUUUGUCGAUGGUUUUAACACCCUUGGACUUCUUCAAGAAAUGCAGACACACACAGAUCUGUUUCACAUCAUAUUUGUUGAAGACAAAAAAACACUGAGAUCUUCAGACCUGACAUCACUUUUUGAAGUAAACCUGUCAGAUCAAGACACCUAUAAGAAAGAACUAGAGACCAGGACCUUGUGCUUCUGGAGAGACUGGAUCAUUGAUGUUGAAGAUGAAGAAUGUACACCAUUGACGUUGGAGAAUGUGCUGGAGUUUACUUCAGGGUCUUCAGCCAUUCCACCCCAUGGCUUUCUGCAGCAGCCCAAAAUCAAAUUUCUUCAUGAAGCACCAGAGAAAAUAUUUCCAGAGGCAAACACUUGCAACAUUGUGUUAAAAUUGCCCAUCCAUUAUAAUUACGAGUCAUUCAAAAUGCACAUGAGCAAUGGCAUACUGUGGGCACCAACACUUGGCGUAGCGUAGUUCAACUCAUGUGCAUUAAAUGGAUACUCCACUUUGAAAUGAAAAUUCUGUCAUCAUAUACUCACCCUCAUAUUGUUUCAAACCUGUAUGAAUUUCUUUCUUCUGCUGAACAGAAAGGAAGAUAUUUAGAAGAAUAUCAGUAACCAGACAGUUUCUGGUCUCAUUGACUUCAAUGUACUCCAAAUACAUGUGGAGUAACAUUUAACAAAAUCCUAGCAGUUCAUAUUGAAUUGUUUAUCACAACAAUGUCAUAACAAAGCUAUGGAAAGUCAGAAUUUUAUUUAUUAUUUCUCCAAUUGUGUUUGGCUGAAGUAAUGAAGACAUCGUACACCUAGGAUGGCAUGAGGGUGAGUAAAUUAUGGGGUAAGUUCCAUUAGGGUGGAGUUUAAAUUCAUUGUUGUUUGAAAAUACUAUGUUUUUUUUGUUUUGUUUUUUGACAACAUGAAAUGUUACAGUUGUUCAGCUGUUUUAUUGCUCAGUGACAAUGCACUAUAACCAGUCAAGUUCAUACUACAAGAUUUGUUCAUUUCUGAAAGCAUUAGAAAAAAAAACAAUGUAAACAUUAACACAUUAAUAAUUGAUGCAUGACAGUUAAUCUCGUCAU